AUGGCCGACAUCUACGAUAUCAGGGGCAAAGUCGCUGUAAUCACCGGUGGAGCUACGUCAAUGGGGCUUCUCGCCGCCCAGAAUCUCGUAGCCCUCGGUGCCAAAGUAGUAAUCGGGGACAUCUCCAACCUCGGCCCCGCAACAAUUGCCGAGAUCAACCAAUCGGCAAACGCCCACGUUGCCACUUUCCACCACUGCGACGUUGCCGACCCCGCAAUGCUUCAUUCCCUCAUUGACAUCGCCAUUGUCGAAUUCGGCCAACUUGAUAUCCUCAUCAACAACGCCGGCAUCCUUGACAAGCCCUGGCAACACGACCCCACGGGCGAGUCAGCCCGCCGAUGCAUUGACAUCAAUAUCCGCGGGCUCAUCGACGGAACCAACCACGCUCUUCAUUAUUGGAGCCAGGAUGAGAAAAGGCAGGGCGUUGUUAUCAAUCUUUCCUCGCUGGCUGGCCAUGUGCCAAUGGAAUUCAUGGCCACGUAUGCUGCCACAAAGGCAGCCAUCGCCCAUUACACCAAAUGCCUCUCGACACUUGCCCCCAAAGUACGAGUCAACGCGGUGGCCCCCGGCGGUGUCAACACAAAUUUUAUACUGGCCGAUCAUCUCGGUCUCGACCACUUCUGUGUCACUUACUCGGGCCUACUGGAGCCACAAACUGUGGUCGACCAGAUUAUUCGCUUGAUCCAGGAUACAACAAUGGCAGGAGACGUGAUUGUUAUUCAGAAUAACCAGCCACCCGAGGUCUGCGAUAGACCAAAGUCAUCAGUCGUUGAGAAAAUGCUUAUUGAGCUUGCUGAAGCAAAUAAAAACAAGAAAAAUUAA